CUCGUUAACAGUCAGUAUCUUCCCAUCCAUCCCUUCUGAUAUUCAGCCCUCCAGUUGUGGUACAAGCUCACCUCGGAGUUCUCGUCUGUCCGUGAGUAGUCAACAAAGCCGACACAGCCCGGUAACCUCUGGUCUUGCAGGCCUAGACUAUGGAUUCGCGACCACGGACAGUAAGCGACAUCAAGCUGCAAAAGCGUCCUAUAUGUCUCCCAUUGCGGACCGAAUUCGGAACCUCAGAUCGGGUGAUUCAAAGACCUCAUUCCAGACCAAUAACGUCGUUUUAAUAUCCGUUCGGCCUCGCAAACUGGAGACAAAUCACGAGCAAGUAGUGGACAAGUUGGCGAAUAUGAUGGCUGAACGAGCCCACAUGAAGUCUCCAAACUUGGAAAAGCACGAUUC